CGUUGCUCUAUAAACAUCGUUACUUUCGGGAAAAAAAUUAAAUCAGAGAAAUUGCUUCCAAGAAAAUGUUUUUUGUUUUACUUAUACUUGGCAUCGUAGCAAGAACGUCAUAUGGCUUGCCUGCAUUUGUGGAAGUGGAGACUAGUUUGGGAAGUGUUAGAGGAUUGCAAAUGCAAACUCGUUUUGGAAAUAAAUUUUGGGGAUUUCGUGGUAUUCGUUAUGCUGCACCGCCAGUGGCUGAGCUACGUUUCCAAAAUCCCCAACCAGUCAACGCUUGGAAACCAAUGAUAUUUGAUGCCACCCAAGAUGGACCACGUUGUCCUCAGGUUACAAAAAAUACAACUGAUUUAUCGGAAGAUUGUCUACGCCUGAAUAUCUAUACCAAGCAUGUACAAAAUAAUGCCAAGAAACCAGUUCUGGUGUAUUUGCAUCCCGGUGGUUUCUACACACUAACCGCUACUAGCCCCUAUGCAGGACCAGAAUAUCUCAUGGAACGUGAUAUAGUUUUGGUCACACUCAACUAUCGUCUGGGUUCUUUGGGCUUUUUGGCUGCCGGCACUGCGGAUGCUCCAGGCAAUAUGGGCCUUAAAGAUCAAGUUAUGGCUUUGCAGUGGAUUCGUCAACAUAUCGUGCGGUUUGGUGGUGAUCCUAAUUUAGUUACCAUAUGGGGUUACAGUGCCGGCAGCCGUAGUGUGGGUCUACACAUGAUGUCUCCCAUGUCACAUGGUUUAUUUCAUCGUGCCAUUAUGAUGAGUGCUUCGCCAUUGGGUGCAAUACGUUAUAGGUACAAUCAAACUGAUUUGGCUGAGCGACAAGCGAGGUUAUUGAAUUGUCCGGCAAAUCCAACCGCAGUGAUGAUCAAGUGUUUGAAAGAGAAACCUAUGAUGGCUUUUGUGAAUACCACCGAAGCAAUGUUCGAAUUCGAAUGGAAUCCUCUUAUCAACUGGGAGCCUGUUAUUGAAAAUGAUUGCGGCCAAGAACGUUUUCUGGUGGAGGAUCCCUACAAAACCAUGUUGAAUGGAAAUCUAAACAAAGUGCCUUUAAUAAUAGGAACUAAUGAAUAUGAAUUUUAUUCGCCAGCCUAUUAUAAUCUUCGCAACGAGACAAGACGACAACGUUUCAAUGACAAUUUUGCCAAAUAUGCUCCUUUAUACUUCAAAUAUGAACGGGAUUCGCAUAGAUCACAAUGCAUUAGUUCAGCUUUAUAUUCAUUCUACUUUGGAAAUCAUAGUUUGGAGUAUCCCGGUUCGAUGAAGGCAUUUGGUCAAUUAUAUAGCGAUGCCAUUGUGGGUUUUAAUUAUUAUCGAUUUUUAAAGCUGGUCGAGAAACAUGUUCCGGUCUACACUUAUUUCUUUAACUAUAAGGGUCGUUACAGUUUCUUCAGAAACCCUGAGACCAAUGAAACACAUGGUGCUGUACAUCAUGAUGAGUUGUUGUACCUGCUUAAUUUCUCUGUAAAGGCUCCUAUUUUUAGAAAAUCAGAUCCUGAAAAUGAUUUGAUAGAACGUUUUACCAGAAUGUGGGCCAGCUUUGCCAAAACUGGGGAUCCCAAUAAAUGCCAGGAUGAGUACUUAAAGGAUAUUCUAUGGCCUACGUAUACUGCUGAUCGUAAGGAAUAUCUGGAAAUUGGUAGCCAAGUGCAUUUGAAAACACGCGGCAUUUUUGCAGAACGUUUGGAGUUUUGGGAUAAUCUAUUUCCUGCUGGAGAAAUGUUGAAUACUGAUGUAGUGAUCAAAUGUUUUUGAAUAUUAAAGUAAUGUAAACUUUAUUUUUUAAAAUUUAAUCUUCUUAUACAAUAAAAAUCAAAAUGUCGCGAUUUUUCGUAUAGACU